AUGCUCCUACCUAUGGCCAUGACCUUAGCCGUACCUCGAUACCCAGAACCAUAGCCAUACGACACCCAUGGUGGAGCUUUCCAUUUUUGCUUUUGUAUCUGUCUCAUCUCCUCAAAGUUACUUCUCCCGUGUGCUGGGUAGUGGCAGUAUUUGCAUCCUCAGAUCGCAAACGAAGAGAGAACUGGAAGUCUAUUCCUGACGACAUCCUCAUCCAGUCCCAGGUAUUCUGACCUGACCUGACCUGACCUGUCCUGCAGCUCACUAUUAUUUCCUUAUCUGUACCUCUCCUCCUCCACCCAGUUCCAAGCUUUCAGGCUGUUUUCUGGACGAUUGCCUACUAACCCCGUCCUAAUAUUUCUUUCUUGGUGAAUGCCUUCAAUCCCACUCGCCUUGAGACUCACUCCACCAGCUGGCAACUCUGCCUCAGUCUCCGCCCACAAAUCAAAUUCACCCAUCUCCUACAGGCGAAUCCUUACCGCCUAACUAGCCAAUUUCGUCAUUGUUGUCCAGCCAUAACUUCUCAGCAUUUGGCAAUUCGCGAUUUGCUUCCUCCCACCUUGACAUCCAUCAAGCUUAACGUCAAUUCCACCCACACAACGCCAGAGUUAGGGAAGCGCAGUACGAGCUGCACCCUGCACCAGUGGAUUUCCCUAGGAGUCUUCUAGGACACCAAUCUAUCAACACUACACUGAGCUUGCCUUGGAAUGCUCAUUGUCAGCUUAGUUUGGAGAGUCCCACGCAAAUCGCAAAACCUCACCCUGAGAUUUUCAGUACAACGCUUUCUGGCUACAAAAAUGGCACCCAAGAAUGUCCUUAUCUAUCUCCUUAGGAGAGACCUUCGUCUUUCUGACAAUCCCAUUUUUCAUUCGCUGAGCAAGAACAAGGAUCAUGGGUUCACUCACGUUCUCCCCUUGUACGUCUUUGCCGCCCAGCAAUUGGAAGUCAAGGGCUUCAUUCCUGACGAUGAGAAUCUCAAGAGUCCUUACCCAGAGGCACGAAGUUCAGUAGGAGGCUUUUGGCGAACUGGUCCUCAUCGUGCCAAGUUUCUAUCAGAAACGGUGUCUGAUCUCAAGGAAACUUUGGAGGGUGUUGGGAGUGGUCUCUGCAUCAGGGUUGGCAUGCUUAGUGAAGUGGUUGAGGAAUUGAUUACUGGAUUCCAGAAGAAUGAGGGCACCAAGGUUGGAGCUGUGUGGUUGACUUCAGAGGAGGGCGUUGAGGAGAAGCGAGAUGAGAGAGCCACCAGAAAGGUUUGCGAAGAGCGUGACAUCGAGUUCAAGGUUUGGCUUGACGAGAAGUAUCUAAAGGAUGAGUAUGCUUCCUAUGUCAAGCAUGUCUCAACACCAUACUAAUUGAUCAUCCCAGUCGAGAUCUACCCUUCUCUAAUCCCCAGGACGCUCCCGAUGUCUUCACUGCGUACCGAAUGACAGUCGAACCGCUUCGUUACGCACUACGCGAUGUCCUUCCCACUUCAGCUAAGGGCACUUUACCAGAUUUUCCCGCCGAUGCUGAGAUUCCUGCGCAACAUUCGCCAUUCCGCAUCCCCGAUACUGCUGAAGGACUUAUGGACGCUCUCAUGAAACCUCUUGCGGCCCCAUUGAUUCCAACUCCCCCAGAAUGUCCCAAGGAAUACCCGAACUCGCAUCCGUUGAGCGGUGGCGAAACCCAUGCUUUGGCCCGCCUUGAACAUUUGAUCACUACUGGAGCAAUCAACACCUACAAAGAGACCCGCAACGGUUUGAUGGGAACUGAGUUUUCUACAAAGUUGUCUGCAUACUUGGUACUCGGAAGCAUCACCUCUCGUCAAAUCCACGCUUCUCUUGUGGAGUUUGAAGAUGGGACGGCAAAAGAUGGGAAGUGGAAGGACGUAGAAGGCUAUGGAAAGGGUGAGAAUGCAGGAACCAAGAGCAUUCGAUUUGAAUUGUUGUGGCGAGACUAUAUGCGGCUUUGCAACGUCAAGUUUGGUUAUAAACUCUUCCGAAUCGGUGGUUUCCGAGACAGUGCCGAUCGUUGGGUUUCCCCUCAGAAGCCAGGCAAUGGCCAGACCAAAGAAUACAUCAAGGAGAUGGUGGAAAGAUUUUUGAGCGGAACCACAGGCAUGGGUUUGAUUGAUGCGUCGCAACGAGAGUUGUAUUAUACUGGAUACACAUCAAACCGUGCACGUCAAAACGCUGCAUCAUUCCUGGCUAAGCAUCUGUGGGUUGACUGGCGAAUUGGAGCUGAAUGGUACGAGAGUAUGUUGGUUGAUUAUGAUGUAUCAAGCAAUUGGGGCAACUGGCAAUACCUUUCUGGAGUAGGCAAUGAUCCUAGAGGUGAGGCCAGAAUUUUCAAUCCUGUGAAGCAGGCUUUUGAUUAUGAUCCAAAUGCCACAUAUGUCAAGACUUGGGUGCCAGAGUUGAGAGGUUUGACUGAUCCGGGUGAGAUAUUUCAGCCCUGGACUGUUCGCGACGAAAAGAAGAAAGCUGAAUUGGGUCUGACUGGAUUGCCUUCGGUUGAGAAGCCCCUGAAGAAGAUCGAAUUUACCGUUGGAAAGCGAGGAAGACAUCUUGGACGUAUCAAUCGUGGCGGUCACAGCCGUGGCGGUAGAGUUCCAGACGGUGCAGCACCAGGAAACGACGGCAACCAAAGAUCAACUGAAACCGGUGGCGGUCGAGGUGGUGGACAGUCUCGUGGAGGCUACGGCGGUAGAGGCUAUGGUGGACGAGGCUUUGGUGGAGGUUCCCGUGGUCAUUAUCGAGGAUUUGGUCGCGGUCGUGGAGAAGUACGAGACCUUCGAACCGGAAACAUGGACAAGGACAGAGCUGCGGGUGACAGUUCUGCACCAGACGGAGUCGUCGAAUAAACGCUCUAUAUCGAGUAGAUCGCCCAGCUGCCACGAACAAUGACUUGAUAUGGGACCGGAUGUGUACAUUGCUUGGAGUUUGCUAGAAUUUCGAAUCUAGAAGUGCGUUGAGGGCGGAGAACUUUGGCAUUGAAAGAUAUCAUUUCUAAUGGGGAUCUUGGCGGGGUAUCUUUGGGCUUGUUGCUAGCUAUUGCUUCAACGCAUGCUACUUGCGCUGGCUUUACUUCUUAACAAAGUUGAAGUUCAGAUAAUUGUAAUAUUGUAGGGGAGUUGUAGGUAGCUAGCUAUUUGAACGAUUAUGCGUCUUAUACAGGUUAUCAAGAUAUUCUCACUCC